CCAAUAUUCUCCUUCUGGUUUUUCUCUUCACCAUCACAUUCUCAUAAGCUCAUUUCAUUCUGUCAAGAACGAAAGAUGAGCAGGCCAGGAGAUUGGAACUGUAGGUCAUGCCAGCACCUCAACUUCCAGAGACGCGACUCGUGCCAGCGAUGUGGAGAUGUCAAGACUGUAGGAGGAGGAGGAGCACUUGACUUUGGGGCUUUCAAUGGCGGGAGGCUUGGAGGAGGAGGUUCUUCAUUCGGGUUCAGUAGUGUGACUACUGGCUCGGAUGUGAGGCCUGGUGACUGGUACUGUGCUGCCGGAAACUGUGGAGCACACAACUUUGCCAGCCGCUCUAGCUGCUUCAAGUGUGGUGCUUUCAAGGAUGAGUUUGUUGGUGGUGGCGGCGGCAGCUUUGACUCUGAAAUGCCUCGCUCCAGGGGAGGUUUUGGGUUGGGAAAUGGCGGCGCCGGCGCUGGUGGUGGUGGCCGGCCUGGUUGGAAAUCUGGAGAUUGGAUUUGUACCAGGUUCGGAUGCAACGAGCAUAACUUUGCAAGCAGAAUGGAAUGUUUUAGAUGCAAUGCCCCAAGAGACACAUACUAAAGAGAAGAAAUCUUAAUAAUCCAAUUUUUGGCAAUCCAGGCAUUGCUGCUGAGCGAGAAAGAGAGAAGAAUCACCACCAGUUUUAAAUUCCUAGAUCCUGAUAUUGCUUUAAUUUGAGCUGCUGCCUAGUUAAUUAGAUUUAUUUAAUAUCAAAUUUUUUCUUUUAAUUUCAUCAUGGCACAAAAACAUCAUGUUCACGUAAGCCAUUUAUAUGCUGCCUAGCAUUUUGUUAGGUUUCUCAUCUGAACUAAGUCAGUGUAAUUUUGGUGCUUUAAGUUAGUUUGAUAUCCAUAUAUGAGUUUCUUGAAUUAAUAUAAGCGUAAUAUAUUCUGCCUUCUCCU